AUGCUGAUCACUCUAAACUUAUGCCUGUAUCUGUCCUUUACAUUUAUCCCUCCUGCUUUCAACUCAGACUUCUGUCAAAGCCAGGGACACUUCAAGUUGAAUGGGAUGUACCAGGAUGGAGACUUCAUCAUCGGAGGCCUGUUUGAGGUUCAGCACCUCAAAGUCUUCCCAGAACUGAGUUUCAGAAUGAAGCCAGAACAGCCCAAGUGUGAGGAAUUUUAUAUGUCAAGUUUCCAGCAGGCACAGACCAUGGUUUUCGCUAUAGAUGAGAUAAACAAGAAUCCAAAAUUACUGCCUAACAUCACUCUUGGUUACCAUCUUUAUGACAACUGUUUGAAACUUGUAGUAGCAUUCAGGGCUGCUACAACUCUUAUUAGUGGGACAGAGGAGACAUUUUCAAACCUCAAUUGCACUGGCUCACCACCAGUAAUAGCUAUUGUUGGGGAUCCUGGGUCAACUCACUCUAUUGCAGUUUCUAGUGUAUUGGGUCUGUUUCGUUUUCCUAUGAUUAGCUACUACGCCACCUGCUCCUGUUUGAGUGACAGAAAAAAGUACCCCUCUUUCUUCAGAACAAUCCCCAGUGAUGCUUUCCAGGUGCGAGCUAUGGUACAGAUCUUAAAAUAUUUUGGAUGGACCUGGGUUGGUGUCCUCUAUAGUGAUGAUGACUAUGGCAUCUACGCUGCUCAGGCCUUCCACCAGGAAAUGCAGCGGUUUGGAGGUUGUGUGGCUUUUUCUGAAAUAAUGCCUUAUGAUAAUCACAGGGACAUUCAGCGCAUAGUGGCAGUGAUUAAGGCCUCUACAGCCAAAGUAGUGGUGGCAUUUUCAACUGAUCUGUUACCCCUGAUGGAUGAGUUAUUACUGCAAAAUGUGACAGGCAGGCAGUGGAUUGCAAGUGAGGCUUGGAGCAUCUCACCUGUCCUCCACCUUCCACGUUUUGUACCCCUUAUUGGAGGCACGCUGGGCAUUGCCAUCCGUCGUGGAGAGAUUAAGGGACUUCAUGAAUUUCUAAUAUGCCUUCAUCCUGACAGUGAUCCAAGAAAUAAUAUGGUGAGAAUCUUCUGGGAGAACAUGUUUAAAUGCAAAUUUGAGAAUGGAAGCAAAGAUGGAGAAAAAGUGUGUACAGUCCAUGAAGAUCUGAACAGCACAGUUAAUGAAUAUAAUGAUGUAUCAGAGCUAAGGGCCUCUUAUAAUGUGUAUAAGGCAGUUUAUGCUCUAGCACAUGCUCUUCAUGACCUGAUCCAGUGUGAAGAGGGGAGAGGACCAUUCAGUAAGAACAGCUGUGCUGACAUAACCAACCUACAGCCAUGGCAGCUGGUUCACUACAUACAGAAAGUGAACUUCACCACAGGCUUUGGGGAUCACGUGUCAUUUAAUGAGAAUGGAGAUGCUUUGGCCAUAUAUGAUGUGAUGAACUGGCACCCAAGUUCUGAUGGGUCGAUUUUUGUUCGCACAGUAGGUGUGGUAGAUGAAGGGGCGGCAACAGGGAACGUGCUAACACUGGAUGAAAAUGCAAUAUACUGGAACUUUGAGACAAAAAAACCCCCACGGUCUGUGUGCAGUGAAAGUUGCCCCCCAGGAACCAGACGAGCCACAAGGAAGGGUCUUCCUGUCUGCUGUUUUGACUGCCUGCCAUGCGGAGAUGGAGAGAUUUCCAAUACAUCAGAUUCUAAUGAAUGUACAGUGUGUCCAAAUGAUUUCUGGUCCAGCCCAGAAAAUAAUCGCUGUAUCCCCAAAGAUGUUGAGUUUCUCUCCUAUGAGGAUCCUCUGGGUAUCUCACUGACCACUGCAUCUCUGCUUGGCUCCUACUUCUGUGCUAUUGUGAUGGUUAUAUUUACUCAUCAUCGUAACACUCCUGUAGUACGUGCCAACAAUUCAGAGCUCAGCUUCCUCCUGCUGUUGUCACUCAAACUGUGUUUCCUGUGUGUGUUGCUGUUCAUUGGCCGGCCACAAUUGUGGACGUGUCAAUUAAGACAUGCCAUGUUUGGUAUUAGUUUUGUCCUGUGCGUCUCCAGCAUCCUGGUCAAGACUAUGGUGGUAAUAGCAGUGUUCAAGUCAUCUCGACCUGAGGGUAAAAGUGCCAUGAAAUGGUUUGGAGCAGCUCAACAAAGAGGCACUGUGGUCAUCCUUACUGCAGUCCAAGUUGUGAUAUGUGCAAUCUGGCUCUCAAUUGCCUCUCCAACACCCCAUAAAAACAUCAUGUAUAUCAGAUCUAAAAUAGUGUAUGAAUGUGCUAUUGGCUCAGUGACUGGGUUUGCCAUUCUGCUGGGAUACAUUGGCCUCCUGGCUGCAGUAAGCUUUCUGUUAGCUUUUCUAGCAAGGAAUCUUCCAGAUAACUUUAAUGAAGCUAAAUUUAUUACCUUCAGCAUGUUGAUCUUCUGUGCUGUGUGGAUUGCGUUUGUUCCAGCAUAUGUGAGCUCACCAGGGAAAUAUGCCGUGGCUGUGGAGAUAUUUGCCAUUUUAGCUUCUAGUUUUGGAUUACUGGGGGCAAUAUUUGCUCCAAAGUGCUACAUCAUUAUAUUACAUCCAGAGAGAAACACUAAAAAAGCAAUCAUGGGAAGAAUAGGCAAAAAUAAAUAA